AUUUAUGUAAAUCACUUUGCUUGGUCAAUAACUUUCACCGUCAGUCUCGAUAUUCCAGUUCUACCCUUGACGAAUAAUGCUAUACUGAUAACAGCGCUGGACUAGUACUCGAAGGUACGCGUGCAAGGCCAGCUGUUGACAUGAACGUCCUUGGCGCGUGGAGAUUGAAGAUUGUCCCUUGAAGCUUGACCGGUGACCGGUGACCCCUUGACGGUUAUCACCAGAAUAAAGAUACAAAGCUCGAUUUCCAAGUCGGCGGUUAUCAUCAUUCAUGAUUCCCAGCCAUAUCAACUGUGAUUCCUGUUCUCAGGCCAUCUUACCAUCCAAGCCACGGGUCCACUGCCUCACUUGUACCGACUACGAUUUAUGUGCUGAUUGCGCUCUCAGCGAACGGUUCACUGGUCAACACGAUUCAUCACAUCGUACUCAGAUAUACCAGCUCAGUGGAGGAGGCGACUUACCGCCUUCGUUGUCAGAUACUGUAUCCUUGACCUAUACUAGUCCUGUUCAUCAGUCUCCAACUCCCAGCAGUCCUCCACCUCUCCCGCCGCGUCGCCAAUCAUCAGGCCCGCCGCCCCCCUUGCCACCGAGGUCCAACUCUGGCAGCAGUGCAUCAGGGCGUCCGACUCCUAGCACGGUCCCGCCGUCUCCACAUAUUCCUCCUACCAACCCACCGAACGGCUCCGCUGAUCGUAGCGAGAUGCUAACCUGGAGCCCGUUGUUCGAUGAUUACAUGGAUGUCACCACCGUCGGUGAUCUAUUCUUCAACGCGAUCUUCACAUAUCUAGACCCAUCGUAUACUGGGUAUCUCACGCCAGAAGUAUACUCGCGUUUCUUGGAUGACCAAGGGUACCUACUUCAUGAGAACGUCUGGAAAUCAAACCUCGUCCCAGAUGCCAUGUACGGCGGUUCCAAGGAGAACAUGGCGGAUAAGGCACUGAGAAACGCCUAUGAUCUCUUUUCUAUCGAGCAUAUCCUCAAGCAUAGACACAAUCCGUCGGGAUCUACAACACCUUCUAUAACAACCCAACUACAGGGUCUAUUUGGAAACGCGUUCAACCCAGCGAUGAUGCAUUCCGUUCCCCUCCAGUCCUCUAAUUCUCAGAUGCCCCUCCUUACACGGAAGGGAUUCAUCGACAUAACAACCGUCGAGGUCCUCUCUGAUCCAUCGAGAGCUUGGGGGAAUCUCUCGCGCCUGUUGAGAGCGUAUCAGCUGGAGCCGUUCCGGGGAUGGGGGGACAUGCCGCGGAACGUAUUGCCAGAAGCUGCUGACGAAAGAAUGCUCCAGCGUGUACGAGGUGUUUCGAGCUUUGCAAAGAUGAGGGGAGAGCAGCAGUUGGCAUCUACGAUGGCUGAAAUGGAGUUGCGACGUCAAGGAAGGGAGAACGCCCUUGAUCUCAUUAGCGAUACGCGGUACAAGUAUGUAUACAGGUAGGUAUGUAUUAUGUGGGGUGUAAUUUGUGUCUGUAGUAUAGUGUAUACAGUAUUGCUCGACUUCCAAACCAUUCUCGCCAGUAGCCUCGCUUUAAUGUCCCACUAGAUAUACAGCAUUGUGAAUCCAAAUUGUUUACGUUGUGAGAAUUGAAGUUGAUCAUUAGAUGAGGAAGGAGACCGGUUGUUCAUCUGGUGUUGACUGCGAAGGAAUAUUCUCAGGAUGGGCUGAUAAGACUCAGGACAACGAGACAUUGGGGUGCCCGUACAAAC